AUGGAUGUUCACGGACAGACACACCCCGUCAGUUGCAGCGAAAAACUCCCCACUCUGUGUUCUCAGACCGCACCAGCAUCCAACAUCACAUAUGCGAACACCUCUCCACCAUAUCAAAUCUCCCAAAUUGCUGGCUCACAGACACUGGUUGGAUACCGCGACUUCUUGACUUUCCGAUUCAUGGGAGUUCGGUUUGCUGCUGAGCCCGAGAGAUUCACCUACUCUUCUGUCUAUGACGGGACAGGAGUUAAUGAAGCUCUCGAGCCUGCGCCUGAGUGUUUGACUCUACCGAACAAUGGAUCCACAGAUUGCUUGUUCCUUAACAUAUGGACGACUAAUCUGCCUGGUCCAUCUGCAAAGAAGGAACUCAAGCCAGUGAUGGUAUACAUCUAUGGUGGAGGUUUCACGACUGGAUCUGCAAGCAAUCCAACCAACGAUGGUGGCAAUUUGGCUGCACGCGGAGAUGUGGUUGUUGUCGACAUUGCCUAUCGUCUGUCAACCCUCGGCUUCCUUGCUCUCAACGACGGCGUCCACAAUGGCAACUACUUCCUUUCUGAUCAGAUCGCUGGCCUAGAAUGGGUCCAGAAGUACAUUGAACACUUUGGAGGUGACCCAUCUCGUGUUACCAUCUUCGGCGAGAGUGCCGGGGCAGAGUCUGUGAAUGCUCUCAUUGCUUCUCCAAAGGGUAAAGGCCUUUUCCACGGCGCGAUGUUGCAAUCGAACUACUAUCAGCCUUAUGUUCCUCUGGCUACUGCUAUCAACCAGACCACGGUGCCUAUUCUCAACCAGACGGGUUGUGCUACCGCUGCCGACCAGUUGGCUUGCCUUCAAGCUUACAAUGCUACUGCGUUGCUCAGUCUCAAGACUGUCUUCAAUUACCCUGUCGUCGACGGCACAUACCUCCUGUCCACCUUCAUCGACCUCAACAGCACCACCAAUACGACAAACCGCGUUCCUCUCAUGCUAGGUGUGAACCGCGACGAGGAAGGCGUGCUCGGCACAAUCUACCCAACCACCGACCUCACUACCGGCAUCGAAGACCUAGCAGCAGCGAACCACUUCGACGCCACUUCCAUCCUCUCUUCUGGUCUUUUCCCCCUAGGCACCAGCGCAACCAAUAACGCCACCCUGGACGUCUUCAACACCACCACCCGCAUAUCGACCGAUGCCUCUUUCCGCUGCGUCAACCAAUUUUCCGCUUACGCAGGUGUAGCCAAUGGAGUUCUUCCCAACACAUGGUUUUUCGAAUUCAACCGCACAUACCAAGAUCCAGGAUACAACCCCAAUGGCAUCUGUGCUGCCCCUGUAACUCCUUCUCACCCUCAUGGCGAUCCCUCGCUCGAGUACUUCAAAUGUCACGCCGGCGAUCUCGCAAAUACUUUUGGCAAUGUAGCUCGAGUAGGCUUCCCCGACCGCGAUGGCUUGGAUGCAAAGUUUGGUGGCCUCAUCACUGAUUAUUGGACUGCUUUUGCAAGAGGUGGUGACCCGAAUCCGCCAGAGGCAUAUUUGAGGGCAAGAGGGUAUUGGAGUACUAUUGGACAGAUUGCAAAAUCGGGAUCUUGGGAGAAGGUUAUUGCGAGUCAGCCGAGGAUGAUGGAGUUGCAGUGGGAUUCGGUGAUGAUGCCGUUUAGAGAUGUGGAGCAGUGUGCUGUUUUGGGGUUUCCUUUGGAUUAUUUGACGAGGUGA